UGCCAUUGUCGCACGGGUGCGCGCGCGUUUGUUGUUACGAAAAAAUAACCAAAUUAUAUUAUUAUUGUUAUUGUUAUUUCGCGAUGUGUGUUAAUUGAAUAUCUAAAAGGGGUUAAGCCGAAAUAAAAAGCGUUAUCAAUAACAAUAGCAGAAAUUGGCCAGCAAAGAGAAGGACUAAAAAAGAGAUUUACCAACUAAUAGAAAAAUUUCGUUGUUUCCCAUAUAGUUGUCAUAAGAUCGUAGUACGCAACGCAUCAUGACGUUUUAUUGGUGGUCACAUUGGUUUUGGAUAACCUGGCUAGGUGUCCAAUUGUUGCCUGCCGCACACACAUAUCCCAGUUCAGAGAUUAUUAAAGUGGGACAAGGAGAUGAUGCCAGUUCAGAGAUUAUUAAGAUGGGACAAACAGAAGACCGUCUAUUACAUACAACAAAAUUAUAUCAGACAACGGCGAGCCAAACUUGGUCAACGGCCACACAGAGUAACAUCAUGGAUUUGACUUUAAGGCCAACAACGGCAGCCAGUCGAUCUUCAAUGGUCACAACGUCGAUGGGAGAGACACUUUCAGAUGUUGAUCACAAAGACGAGGAGGAGGAGGAGGACGAGGACGGGGAGGACGAGAACAAUGAGUCCGAGGAUCAAGCCGUUGUAGAGCUAAACGAUGAACAACAAUUGUCUCAGUAUGAGUUUAAGCGCUCAGCUGAUUUUACAUUAGAUCAACUCAACAAUUAUACGAAUUUUAGUACAAAUGGCAGCAGCAAUACCUCAAAUUCAAAGACAACAACAACUUUGGCUGCAACCAGUUCAGCAUCAGAAAUUGUAACGACAACAACAUCAGCCACUUCAUCAUCAUCUUCCCCCUUAUCAUCAUCCACAUCAAAUUCAUCGUUGUCUACAUCAACAACAACAACAACAACAACAACGGCAGCAACGUCAGCAACAACAAAAAUAUCACCACUGAUUAGUGGGGGAUCGGCAACUCCAUCAACACCAAAAAUCAAUACCGAAUGGCUAAGCGAUGAACUGUUGGGUGAGAAGGCCCCAUUUACCUUGGAGAAUGCCAACAAAGAGGAUGAACUACGACGGGCCGAAAGUGAACAUCGAUCGCGUAAAUCGAAAGUCUUAUCCGCUGAAUACAAGCACAUCAAUCGUUACAUCAAUUUCUCCAGCGAUACCAAAAGUCUGUUAACGCGUUCGGCAUCGGCAGCCCCAAGUAUUGCUGCCGCAUCCGGCUAUGAUGGUGGCGGCAACGAUGAGGGUAACAUUUCCUCUGAGGCACUGGCCAUACAGAGAACCUAUUUUCUGGAUGCUGGGGCCAUAUCAGCCAUUUGCUUUACAGUUUUUGGCAUUUGCUGCACAGUGGGCACCAUUGGCAUUGUCCUAUAUCGCAGGCGAUAUCUCAAUAAACCACAAGCACUGAGUGAACCCGAUUCAAGUGUCUAUAUUGACGAUAGCACGAUGCGGGUGAGUGAUAACUCGGAUGAGAUGUAUAGCCUGGACAAUGAUUCGUUUCUCAAUUCCCUGGAGGCGAUGACAAUACAAAACUAUUGGACGGACACUGUCAAACAUACAAAGCUUUAAUUUAUCUACAUCGGCCGACGAUUGUUAGAAUGUAUAUUUGUUUAACGAUUUAAAAAAUCCUCCAUCAU